AUGUCUCUUCUGAUAGCAAAUACUUUCAUUGAGUAAGUUGGAUGCUAUGGACCUCCAGGGCCUCCUGGACCUCUGGGGCCUCUUGGAGUUGCAGGUCCUAGAAUCUCUACCCCAGAUCUAGUCUAUGAGAAACUCUGGAGGUCCUGCAGGAUUCCUGGAAAUUACUAUUUCGACUUUGAUGUAGAGCUUCGCCACUGCAAGGUGAAGGUUUGGCUAAUGACGAACCAAAGCCAAGUUUUGGAAAAGGAUCUGAUCGCCAAAGAAGUGUAAGUUAAUAUCUCUGGUGCUAUAAUUAUGCUUCUGAAAAAGGGGGACAAGGUGUGGCUAGAAGCAGAAGUUGAAACUGAGAAACCAAAGCAAGCAGAAGUCACUAUCUAUUUCUCAGGUUUCCUGAAUUCGUCCCUGAAACUAAGCCUCAUGUGA